UUGCGCUGCCAUUCUGUGUGUUGAAAUAGAAAGUGAGGAAGCAAGGAGGAAGAGAGAGAGAGAGAGAGAGAGGAGGCCGAGUGGCGGGGCGAGCGUGCGCAUAUGCUCGUGCGUGUGCGCGCGCGUGUGUAUGUGUGUGUGUGCAGCUACACUACAGCGGAGACGGAGGAGGGAAAAAAAAGGGAAUAAGAAAUUCUGAGCUAGCCGCCAUAUGCUGAGGGGUUUGGUGAAUGUUUCGCUGUUCGUUGUGGACCGUACACCAUGGGGAGCUCACACUUGCUGAACAAAGGCCUGCCUUUAGGCAUCAGGCCUCCAAUAAUGAACGGGCCCAUGCACCCUCGUCCGCUGGUGGCGCUGCUGGACGGCCGGGACUGCACGGUGGAGAUGCCCAUCCUGAAAGACGUGGCCACCGUGGCUUUUUGCGAUGCUCAGUCAACCCAGGAGAUCCAUGAGAAGGUACUAAACGAGGCGGUUGGGGCUCUCAUGUACCACACCAUCACACUCAUGCGCGAGGACCUGGAGAAAUUCAAAGCCCUUCGAAUCAUCGUCCGCAUCGGCAGCGGGUUCGACAAUAUCGACAUCAAAUCCGCUGGAGAACUGGGCAUAGCAGUAUGUAACAUGCCAUCAGCUUCAGUGGAAGAGACAGCCGAUUCGACGCUGUGUCACAUCCUAAAUCUCUACAGGCGCACCACCUGGCUGCACCAGGCUCUCCGGGAGGGCACGCGGGUCCAGAGCGUGGAGCAAAUCCGCGAGGUCGCGUCCGGAGCCGCUCGGAUCCGAGGGGAGACUCUGGGGAUCAUUGGCCUCGGGCGCGUUGGUCAGGCUGUAGCUCUGAGAGCUAAAGCGUUUGGCUUUAACGUGAUCUUCUACGACCCAUACCUGUCUGAUGGCAUGGAGCGAGCACUAGGACUACAGAGAGUAAACACACUACAGGACCUCCUGUUCCACUCGGACUGCGUCACACUCCACUGCAGCCUGAAUGAACACAACCACCACCUUAUUAAUGACUUCACUAUCAAACAGAUGCGUCAGGGUGCGUUCCUGGUGAACACUGCACGAGGGGGACUAGUGGAUGAGAAAGCUCUGGCACAGGCACUGAAAGAAGGCAGAAUACGCGGUGCAGCUCUCGAUGUCCACGAAACGGAGCCCUUUAGUUUCAGUCAGGGCCCUCUGAAAGAUGCCCCUAAUCUGAUCUGCACUCCUCACGCUGCCUGGUACAGCGAACAGGCCUCCAUCGAGAUGAGAGAGGAAGCAGCUCGGGAGAUCCGCAGGGCCAUCACGGGUCGUAUUCCAGACAACCUGAAGAACUGCGUGAAUAAGGAGUUUCUCACACAGACUACCCACUGGGCGGGCAUGGAUCCCGCCAUCCACUCAGAGCUCAACGGAGCCUACAGGUACCCUCCAAGUGUAGGGAGCCUGGCAUCCGGUGGUCUCCCGCCCCCUGUGGAGGGAAUAGUGCCAAGUGCCGUUCCGAUCAGCCACAGCCUUCCGCCUGUAGCACAGCCGCCUCACGCGCCAUCUCCGGGCCAGACGGGCAAAGCCGAGCCCGAUCGAGAGCAGCACCCCAACGAGCAAUUGUAGCCACACACUCCUGAUCCAGAGUUUUCCAUACCACUAGAGAACUAUCCUGGUCCUUCUUUACCCCAAAGAAGAGGAGCGCCACAGGCUGGAAAAAACAGCCAAGGAAAAAAAACACACACACACACACACACAAACAACAAACAGUGACUGUCUGAAGUAGCCAACCAUUUGAACUGAAGGUGGUGGAUUGUGCUCGCUCUCACUUUUGCUCUUUUUCCCCCCCCUUUUCUUUUUUUAGGUGUGAAGAAAAAAAAUCUUAUGGAUUUACCACAAAAAAAACAAAAACAAACGACUCCCUGAAACAAAUCCUGCUGGUUUAGAUUGUAGUCUGUCUAAGUGCAGUGGGCGAUUUAUUAUUAUUUUUCCCAUUUCUUUUGUGUCCCAUGAGUUUCAUUGUUAAAAAUAGUUCUGAAUGUAACCUGUUUGUGUACAGUUUUUAGGAUAUGAUCAGUGGUUUGUAAAAAAGAAAAAGAAAAAUCAAGGGAGGUAACCAUCAACUAAUAGACCCAUUUUUAUUAUUGCUUGUUUUAUUUUUUGUUGUUGGUAUGAUUUAUAGAAAAAAAAAAAAAAGUGCCCGAAAGAGGCCUGUUUUGCACACCCUCUCAGGAAAAUUAUUUUCCCCUCCUUCCUCCCUCUUUGGAAUUAAACCACACAGGCUUUUUUUUGUUUAGUUUUUUUUCUUUGUAUCCAUGUGUCUUUUUGUAGUCUAAUUUAGCAGAGUACUUUCAAAAAGUAUAUUCAGUGUUUUUUUGUUGUUGUUUUUGUUUUAUAAUUGUUCAUUAUUUUCAGUUUUUGUUUGUUACUUAGCAUGUACUACCUUAUGUGUUAAAGGUAAAAAAAAGAAAAAGAAAAGAAAACUCCGUUCGGUUUUGACGGAAAAGAAAAAAAAACAGUUUGUCUUGUGAAAAGCUGGCGUCAUGCUUGCCUGUUUCUGUGUGACUUGACCGUACCGUGUUUUACGAGGCAGCUCCGAGCUGCUGGGGUAGUUGCAGCGCUCCAUUGCCUACAUAGUUUCCUUCCUGGUUAAAGUGGUAGGCUAGCAAUAUACAUACUAUAUAUACUAUGAGAUAUCAUUAUUUUUUGUUAAACAAAACUCAGAAAAAAAAAAGAAAUGUUUGUGACUGUAUGCAUUUGUAUGAAUUAUUUUAAAUGAAAUAAAGGUCCAAAUUUAAUGA